AUGGAAGGCGCAGCAGGGAGGAGGACGGCGGUGUGCGUGACCGGCGCGGGGGGCUUCGUGGCCUCAUGGCUCGUCGAGCGCCUCCUCGCCGGCGGCCGAUACAUGGUCCACGGCACCGUCCGCGAUCCGGGCGACGCCAAGAACGCGCACCUGGCGGCGAUGGACGGCGCCGCGGACCGGCUGCGCCUGUUCAGGGCCGACUUGCUGGACUACUGCAGCGUGGCGGCGGCCAUCGCCGGCUGCGAUGGCGUCUUCCACGUAGAGCUGCUCGCUCCGGCCGUGACGGGCACCAUGAACGUCCUCAAGGCGUGCUCCGAGGCCAAGGUCAAGAGGGUCGUCGCGGUGUCGUCCGUGUCCGCCGUGAUGGUGAACCCUGCCUGGCCCCAGGACGAGGUCAUGGACGAAGCUUGUUGGUCUGAUGUCGAAUUCUGCAGAACCACUCAGUUACCUUCUUGUAUCUCCUCGGAGAAGCUUUACAGUAACACAAUGAAGAUGGCCUAUGACGUAUCAUAUGAGAAAUAG